AAAAUUCUUCCCUGUCGAAUAUCAGCGCUGGUUGUAAUGACGCUGCGAGAAUGGAGAAUGAGAAGAGCUGCAAACCAGAGCAGCAGCAGCAGCUGCUCUAUCAAAGCGCAGAGCUGUUUCUCGCCUAUCUUUCUCCGUCGGAUCUAGCCUUCGUUUCUUCAGCCUCGAAAUCCCUCUACCGUGUAUCAAAAUCCAUCACCGCCCGAAGAUCCUCAGAUGCUUCUAGACGCUUAGAGAAGCAUCCCAUCCCCUUUCAAAACACAAUCGACAAGCACCCAUAUUCCUACUUCAUCUACACCCCAUUCUCAAUCCUCAGCCGUCCAUCUGAUCCGAUCCCUUUCCUUCAGCCAUGGGGCCGGAAACCUGAAGAAUCCCCAAAACCCAUAUCGGAUUCUUUCGGUCCGAUCAGCGGUUGUGGGUGUUCUUGCGGUGAGGAUUGCUGUGAGAAGAGGGAUGGGGAAGAAGGAUUGGAGGAGUGCCCGUGUUCGAGCCUGGGCCGUCGAUUUCCAGGUUUUUCUUCAGGCGAGGAGGGGGUGAUGACGGAAUGCGGGGCGGGAUGUGUCUGCGGGCCGGGGUGCGGGAACCGGUCGACGCAAGGAGGGGUUGCGGUGAAAUUGACGAUUGUUAGGGAUUCGAGAAAAGGGUGGGGCUUGCAUUCAGGCCAGUUCAUCCCGAGCGGGGAAUUCGUAUGCGAAUAUGCAGGUGAACUUCUGAUGACUGAAGAAGCCCGAAGGCGUCAAAGAAAAUAUGAUGAACUCACAUCCCACGGUCGGUUUUCUUCCGCGCUCUUGGUCGUGCGAGAGCAUCUACCUUCUGGGAAAGCAUGCUUGAGGGUGAACAUUGACGCAACAAGGGUAGGAAAUGUUGCCCGCUUUAUCAACCAUUCAUGCGACGGAGGCAAUCUGUCGACUGUCUUGGUAAGGAAUUCUGGUGCGUUGCUCCCUCGCCUUUGCUUCUUUGCUGCAAGAGAUAUAGCGGAAGGCGAAGAACUUUCAUUUAGUUAUGGUGAUGAUAGGGUCAGGCCUGAGGGGUUGCCUUGUUUUUGUGGUAGCUCUUGUUGCUUGGGAACCCUGCCUUCAGAACAUACUUGAGGUUUUAAUGAUCAUUAUGGAAAUAAGAGGUGGAAAGUUGUUUGAUAGC